AUGGCUGCUCCUCGUUCAUCUUCGUUGCGCGCCCUCCGCGUGCUCUCCCAGCAACAUACUGCUACACCCUGCGUACGCCGUAGCUUGCACAUCACCGGUGUCCAUUCGGCUCAACCGAUUAAUGUGUCCGACAAGGCCUCCUUCUAUGCCACUCGUACUCUGGCCGACCUGAAGAAUGAGUGCCAAAAGAGAUCAUUGAGAUUUAACGGCACCCAGGCCGAGCUUGCGGAACGCCUCUCCAACCAUGACGUGCUUCAAUCCCGUGCUUUCAGCAUUGCAUUGAGAAGAAUCAAUGGCAAUGCUUCCACUGAGCCUUCCACCCGCCAAUUCAAUACCUCCCGCGCCCUCAAGGCCGUUGGAGAUUCGUCUACCGUUGAUUUUGCAUAUCUCCCUUCCAUGGAGGAGAUCGAUGCUUCUCCUGCUCGUCCGGAUCCCCGCUUUCCAAUCCUUUCCGACAUCUACAAUUCAAACAUUCCAGCACAGGAGACCCCCAGGUCGGACCCACCCAUGAAGCUCCUGGUUUAUGCUGUGGGCGGUGGGGACGUUGCUGCGAGCCCCAUGAGCGAAGUGGUUGACAACUCCUCCGUGGAUAUUGAUCCCUUCUCCCUGACGGAGACAGUCGGUCGGUCCCGCUUUGGGGAAGCACUGCAGAGAUCACAGGCCAAGGAGCCCGGUGUUGUAAAAGAGCUCUGGACUGGAUUCCUGGAGGAUCUCAUGGGCCCCAAACAGGCGAGUCAGAGAAAGUGA